CCUCCUCCUGCAUCCACUCUGCCGACGCUGCCACCACCUCCCGCAUCCACUCCGCCACCGCCGCCGGAACCACUUCGCCGCCGCUACAUCCUCCCGCAACCACUCCCCCGCCGCAGCAACCUCCUCCCUCAUGCACUCCGCCUCCUAGAUCCACUCCAUUGCCACCCACAUCCACUCCAUUGCCACCCAGAACCACCACAUCACGGAGGAGCCGGUGAAGACGAAGCGCCGACAUGACGACGAUGCCUAAACGGCCCACAACACGGAGCUGUGCACUGGAACCGCCAAGCCAAGGGUUCACAACUUGGUGUUUAGGGUACUAUGAAAGGCUUUGGGACAAGCAAAUCGAGGAGAACAACAAGAAGUUAGCCGCAUUGGGUAUCCAAGGCUUGAUCCAUUCUGUUCAUAGUACCCAGAAAAAUGCAAGUACCGACAAGAACGUACGUGCUGAGGGGUCAGAUUCAUCAUAUCUUCCUGGAGGUGAAGACGGCAACGAUGAGGAAGAUGAUAUUGAAUCUAAUAGCUUAGAAAAGGAAAUUGAGGUUAGCAACAGGCGGUCUAGAGCAGCAAAGAAGAAGGCCAAGAUGCCUCCAGGUGGAACAAAAAGAGUCAGGGCAACUCUAGGGAGUCAGGCAGCUCCUGGAGUUUCAACUAGGUCUGGAAAAAAGUACACCACCAACCACCAAGAAACUGUUGAUGAGGAACAGGACAAUCUGCAACCUCUUUUCCAUGAACAAGCCUCUAUGGGACAAUGUGGGGAAGAACAUCACCCAACUCCAGUAAUGGACUGGUCUUCUUUUGAUGACCAGAGUAAUGUAAAUGAAGAUGAGCCCUCAAGGUAAACAACGUGAUCCAAGAAAGCCAAGACCGCCAACAAAAGGAAAAUUGCUGGACAAUUUGACACAAUCCAUGGGAAGAAGGUCGCCAAUUGAAAUAGCUCCAGGGAAGAGAAAGCCAGAGAAGCCUCUACAAGCAGCUAAGCUAGCUUCAGAGGCUGGACUUAUCACUAGGAAUAGCAUGCCAAUCCUAACUCACUGGAAACAUUACAAGAAAGAUGAAACCCACAUGAAAGAAUUCAUGGGCAAGUUAUCUGUUAGGCUGGCAGUUGAUGAGAAGGUGCCCACAGUGGAAGCCUGCAGCGAUAUACUCCAAAAAGCUGUACGCCAGAGAAGAUAUUUGUUGAAGAAGAAGUACUUCACUGAUAUACCGGCUAAUCAAGUCAGAACUACUUCCCCUGUUUCUAGUCUAACUAAUGAUCAGUGGCUUGAGCUCGUGCAAAUGUGGUCUACUGCAAAAGCGAAGGCAACUGCUGCAAAGUACAGGCUGAACCGUGCUAAGGUCAGGCACCAUCAAAAGACAGGUUCUUGCAGCUACAUUCCACACUUGUAUAUAGGCAGAAAAAUAAGGACCGAGAAGUAGAUGCAGUGGAGAUGUUCAAGGUAUGCCAUACCAGUAAUAAGACUGGUAUGACUGAUGAGGUCAAGGAAACAGUUAGUACCAUGGAAAAUAUGUUGGCCCAACCUGCCCAAGAUAUGGAGACAGCAAGAUCUAGUACUGAGAUUGUUUCAAAGGUUCUAACACAAAAUAGUGCAGCAUCUACAUUCCUCAAAAAUGCUGGUAUUGAAACAUCAGUCAGCAAAUCUGCUGCAUCAGCUACAAGAGAAGCACAACUUCGUGAGCAGCUACAGGCGGAGAAGGAACGAGCUGAUCAUCUUCAAGAAGAGCUGGACAACCUCAAGAAGAAAGCUGCAGAUACAGAAGAGUCAAUGGCCAGGAUCCAAGAAGAAGUACGCAGGACCCAGCAAGAGAUGGAGGAGUUCAGGAAGAAACAAGAAGCUAAUGAUCUGAUCCUUCAGCGCAUCUUGGGCCUCAAGUCAGGUAGUGGACCUUGAACCUCCCCUGACUGGGUUCCUCUGCAAGAACAUGGAAUUAUGUUGUCACUUUGUCUUUCCCUUGUGAACUUUGUCAGUCGGUUGGCACCUGUGAUGAACUGUUUCUGUGAAAUUGUUGUUCAAAGUACUUGUUGUUCCCCUUUGUUGGGGAACUUCGGUUUAAAUAAUCAAGCUGUGGUGUAUGAACAAAUUUCUAUGUAUGGUACU